CCGUACCACUUCUUCAAGCCAAAUCGCCAGCAAUCCACCAUGGCUAAACCAGAGGGGCCAACCAUUGGCGUGAAGCUGUUCGUGGACAAAGAGAAGAAGAAGGUGCUCUUUGCUGAGUCCGACAAGGAGUUCGUCGACGUGCUCUUCAGCUUCCUCACCAUGCCGCUCGGCACCAUUGUCCGCCUGCUGGACAAGCAGUCUCAGAUGGGGUGUCUCGACCAGCUGUACAAGAGCGUGGAGGACCUCAACUUGGAGUACUUCCAAACCAGUGCUUGCAAGGCGAUGCUUCUGAAACCGCUCAACGCGGCUUCCGGCCACUGCCGUCGCCUCAAGAUCAACGUCGAUGGAAGCGUUCCAAGGGUGGUCUAUGUCUGCAAGGACACGUCGUGCAGCGCACUCAGCGACAACGCGUUCAGUUCGUUCCCUGGCACGGUCUGCAAAUGUGGAAAGGUCAUGGAGUCCAUUGGACAGUGCCCAAAAUACGAUGGUGACACUGAAACCGCCGCCGCCGCCGCUUGUUCAGAGGAUGGAGUUUUUGUGAAAGGUUGCUUGAAAUUUAUCGUCACCCAUGAUCUCCAGGUUGCGCCAGCAACUACCUCUCUUAUGAUGUCUCUCUUCGAGAAAUUUGGUGUGCUUGAUCCAGCUGUCCUAGAGCAGCAGGUUCUGCAGUUCAGUUCAGAAAAGAUAACAUGCUUGCUGAAGAGAUUGUUGACGUCCAAGCAACCUCUCACUGAUCAUUAUUUCGAAGCUCCUGUUCCACAAGAUGAUGCAAGCCUAGAAGCGCUUGUUCAGAACUUACAUCCUAAACAAGAAAGCGAGGACCAGGAAAUGCCAGGUAACCUGAAGAUCAGGGUCCUUCAGACGAAGGACGAUUCCGCCCUGUUGUAUGCUGAAGUUGGUGUUGAUUUUGUGGACUCUCUCUUCAGCUUAUUAAGCAUUCCACUGGGAUCCGCAAUUAAGUUAUAUGGCCAGUGCUCGGCAAAAGGCUGCCUCGGUAAUGUUUACAGGAGCAUAGAUGGUAGUGUCCAAGAAUUCGUCAGAGAGGAGUGCCAGAGUCUUCUUCUGGACCCAAAGUUGCCACCCUUCUUUGGUUGCUGCGCUUCUAAGAUCCUUCAGGUCGACGAAUUAGCUCCAAGAGAACUGACGAUCAAAGCCUGCUUUGUUUGCUUCAAGAGUCUAGGGUUUUCAGGUUGUAGCCUUUGUCACGGUUACUACAACAGUAACUAUGUUUUUGUGAAGUGCGGAAAUAUGGUGAAGUCCAUUAAACUUUGUGAGGCGAAUCCAAAACAAAAAGGUGGAUGCGAGAAAGGCGAAGUAUAUGUAAGCCGGAAGGCGAAUUUCCUGGUUACUGAUGACCUGCGUGUUCUUCCACUCUCAUUAGCAUCCACUGUUAAGAUUGUUAGUGAUUCCAAAAUCCAGACCUCGAAUCUUGUGGUCAAAGAAAUCACAUUAACAAAGUCCAAGGUUAUGGAGCUACAGAGGGCUGUCCUGCUGCUGAGUCGCAACAUACUCAGCUCCGUGCUUCUGCAUCCUAAGAAGAACAAGAAGCUGCACCAUUACCAUCGCAUGUAUUAGCCGUCGUUGUUGCUUUACUCUAUGAUUAGCCACAAUGAUAACUAUGUACUAUGUCUGUUUUUCUGCUGAAUUUGUAAGUUAUCAUUUUGGCCACUGGUAUUCGGUAACUACUAUAACAGUUCGAGCAUAUAAUAAAUAUAAACAUUUGAUU